AUGUCUUACCCAUUGGUCUGUUUAGGAAACCCUUUGUUGGAUUUGCAAGUCGACGUCGACGCUGCGUACUUGGAAAAAUACUCUUUGAAUGACAAUGAGCCCAUUUUGGCCGAAGAGAAACACAUGCCCAUCUACGAUGAAGUGCUUAAAAUGGAUGGCUUGAAGUUGAUUGCCGGAGGUGCUGCUCAAAACACUGCUAGAGGCGCUCAAUACAUUUUGCCACCUAACUCUGUCGUUUACUUUGGCUCCACUGGUAACGAUGUCUACGCCGAGAAGUUGAAGGAGGCCAACGCCCAAUAUGGAUUGAGAACUGAAUACCAGGUUCAAGAAUCCACCGCAACCGGCAAAUGUGCUGCAUUGAUCACUGGAAAGAACAGAGCUUUGGUGACCGAUUUGGCUGCCGCUAACUUGUUUACUCCUUCGCACUUGCAAAAGCCAGAAAACUGGGCUUUGGUUGAAAACGCCCGUUACUUUUACAUUGGUGGUUUUCACUUGACUGCUUCUCCUGAAGCCAUCGAGACCUUGGGAAAGCACGCGGCUGCCAACAACAAGGUAUUUGCUAUGAACCUCAGCGCCCCAUUCAUCCCUCAGUUCUUCAAGGACCCAUUGGACAAAAACAUCCCAUACUGUGAUUACAUCAUCGGUAACGAGACCGAGGCUGCUGCCUACUCUGAAUCCCAUGACUUG